AAAUGUACCAUUAUAAUCAUUCUUUUUAAAGAAUGAAAUUAUAAUAUAACUUCAACAUUGCUGCGACUUUCGCGUUAUAUAAAAUAUAAUACUGAAACUUAUAACUAUUAUAUGUACAGUGAAUGCAACUGUGUCGACUGGGGUGUUUCAGCAGAAGAUCCUUUCGAAAUCUUUUAAAGACUCCAUGUUAUUUUCGAGCCUUUUUUAAAAGAAAACCUUUAAAACUUGGCUGUAAUAUUUGUCAGGACAGGAUAUGUGUGAAAUUCGUUUAGAAGCAUUUCCGUUUUCAAAGUUUUCUAGAAAAUAAUUGUGAUCCAUCCUUGUGAGAUACUGCACGAGCUAAUGAGCUCGAUUGUAGUUUAAUCAGCUCCUCGUAAAUGGGUGAAAAUCGAAAGCAGACGUCCAACUGAUUAUGUUUUAGAAAAUAUCGCGAGACGCUUGGAGAAGAGCUCGGAGAACCAUGUCAAAUUCAAAUCGUGACGCUGCACCGUGCCAGGAUUUUUAAAUCUCCUCGUUGCUGUGCAAUAACCGUUCCAUUCAUUUUAUUUUUUUAGGGGUACGAUCUACGAUCGAAAUGUCAUCGCGCGUACUUUCCGCUUUCAUAUGCGGCAUGGCAAACGGCGGGAAAGUCUUUUUAUUCUCUCUAAUACAAGGCCGUCCCCGGUGUUCCGUAAUUUUCGGAGAAGAGAGGAUUUCUUCCGCAUCGAAGAGGCAUAACUUUUGAGCGUCACUUGGAAUAUUAUUGGAAACGCCCGAACAUGAUCCUCCUGUUGAAAAAAGAGGAGGAGGAAGGAAGGAGGGAACGAGCGAGCCACACGAAACGCAUAGCGUCGAGGUCUUCGUGGCGGGCCGAGACUCGUCGCUCGAAAACACAGGUCGCUGGGUGGUAAAAGUACUGACACGAUAUCUGUCCUCAUUGUGUAUAUAUAGGGGUGCCUGCCAAGAAGGUACUGCAGUUCUUCGUAGAACGCUUGCAAGACAACGUCGCAGUGGAGACAUUCUGACCUGGAGACAUUCUUCCUGACCGAAGAGUAAAAAGAAGAAACAUGAUAGCACUUGUGCUUCUCGCUGCUUUGGUGACGUUGUCCUCCGCCCAAUUCCAGGCACAACCCAGCGGUCGGCUUCUAGAACCACCAAUCCCAGCACUUUGCGCGAACAGAAUUGUCCAUCAGCGAUACAAUGGCAAAAAUUAUUACUUCUCAUGGCUCGACCAGGCGACAGCCAGACAGGAGGUGGACUGGCUAUCGGGUAGAAAUUUCUGCCGACAACGUUGCAUGGACUUAGUUUCGUUAGAAACCUCCGCCGAAAACGAAUUCAUCAAGAACCACAUAAAAAAAGACAACGUGAAGUACAUUUGGACCUCCGGACGUCUCUGUGACUUCAAAGGUUGCGACCGACCGGAUUUACAGCCUCUUCAUAUCAACGGCUGGUUCUGGACCGCCGAAUUACAGAAGCUCGCGCCGACCGACAAUCGUAGUCAAAACGAUUGGUCUGAGAGUGGCGGCAUUGGACGGCCGCAACCUGACAAUCGUGAGGCCAUUCAGGGCGGCGCUCCAGAAAAUUGUCUGGCAAUCCUCAAUCAAUUCUACAACGAUGGAGUGAACUGGCACGACGUGGCGUGUCAUCAUAAGAAACCAUGGGUCUGCGAGGACAACGAAUCUCUCCUGAGAUACAUUCGCUUCAAUAAUCCUAAUCUUCGUGUGUAAUAGAUGAAAGAUUUAUAUUUGUCGUGGACUAGGUAUAAGCAACUAUUAAGUUACAAUGUUCAAAAGCGCAUCUAUGCGGCACGCCAGUGAAGCGACUGAAUAGUACAUAGAACAUUUUAUUUAUUACUUUUGUAACAUUUAAUACCUCCAUACUUUCAUUUGUUUCGAAAAAUUAAUGAAUUAUUUAAUCCAAAUUUUAUACAUUUCUUGACUUCAGGAAAUCACUAUUUAUAUAUUCUUAGAUGUUAUCAUGGAAAAUAAUUAUAUUUAAAUAUAAUUAUGAAAAAUUAUAUUUAAUAAUAAGAGACUGCAGAGUUCAGGAUUUCUAGAUUAGUCUAGUUUACGUUAUAUAUAUUUUCUCAAAAUAAUAUAUUGUACUAAUUAUAUUCAGAUAGCAAUAAAUUCAUGAAUGACAAAUAA